AUGUCGAUGGCUGUGGAGACCCUUGGCUUCUUUGUGGCAGCCGCGGGGCUGCUGAUGCUGGGGGUGACCCUGCCACACAGCUACUGGCGCGUGUCCACCGUGCACGGGAACGUCAUCACCACCAACACCAUCUUCGAGAACCUCUGGCAUAGCUGUGCGACAGACUCCCUUGGUGUCUACAACUGCUGGGAGUUCCCGUCUAUGCUGGCCCUCUCUGGGUAUAUCCAGGCCUGCCGGGCGCUUAUGAUCACAGCCAUCCUCCUGGGCUUCCUGGGCCUCUUCCUGGGCAUGGUGGGGCUGCGCUGCACCAAGGUUGGGGAUAUGACACUCUCCAUGAAAGCCAAGCUGACAGCCAUCGCAGGAGCCCUGUACAUCCUGACUGGUUUCUGCGGGAUGGUAGCUAUCUCCUGGUACGCCUUCAACAUCACGCGGGAUUUCUUUGACCCCUUGUAUCCUGGAACCAAGUAUGAGCUGGGCCCUGCCCUCUACCUGGGCUGGAGCGCCUCCCUGCUCUGCAUCCUGGGAGGCCUCUGCCUCUGCUCAAACUGCUGCUGUCCUCCUGAAGAUGACCCGGAUGCCAGGUUACACAACACCCGGCUGCCCUACAAGGCUUCCCAGCCCGUGAUUCAGUCUAAGAGCCUCAGCACCCACCUACCCAAGGCUGUCUCCAAUGAAGACUGCAGCAGCAACUUUGGGCAGUAUGGGAAGAAUGCUUACGUGUAA